AUGGCUCGAUUUUCACCAAAUGGCGAGCAGCAGCCUCCCAUUAGUCGGGAGGACGGCAGGUCCAGCGCAGAAGACAUAGUCUAUCCCGCGGGUCUCAAGCUUGCCCUAUUGUUGAUGUCUAUUUUUGUCGGCAUGUUCCUAGUUUCUCUGGACCGCCUCAUUGUCUCUACCGCCAUUCCCCAGAUCACUAAUGAGUUUAACUCAGCGAAAGAUAUUGGCUGGUAUGGCACAGCGUACUUGCUCACCAAUUGUGCCUUCCAGCUAGUUUUCGGAAAGAUAUACACCGUCUUCAACGUCAAACCCAUCUUUUUAAUAUCUAUCGUUCUGUUCGAAGCUGGUUCGGCCCUCUGCGGCGCCGCCCCAAACUCGGUCACUUUCAUACUUGGAAGGGCCAUCGCCGGCCUGGGUGGGGGAGGUAUUCUCUCUGGUGUUAUCGUCGUCAUUGUCUACGCCGUUCCGUUGCAUAAACGGCCGAAGUACCAAGGCAUCUUUGGCGCUGUAUUUGCUAUCUCUUCGGUGACCGGCCCGUUGGUCGGCGGUGCCUUUACUACAAAUGUCACCUGGAGGUGGUGCUUUUAUAUCAACCUCCCCUUGGGAGGCGUGGUUCUAGUGCUUGUUUCCCUCUUGCUCCAAGUACCUGACCGUCCGGGCCUCAGGAUACCUUUGAAAGACAAGCUGCGGCAGCUCAAUAUCUUAGGCCUGCUUGCCCUCCUUCCAGGAGUUAUAUGCCUGUGUUUGGCUUUGCAAUGGGGCGGUACCACAUACACUUGGAGUGAGGCGCGCAUUAUAGCGCUACUUGUACUUGCCUUUGUGCUUCUGAUUGCCUUUGUCCUGAUCCAGAUCUGGAAGCCAGAACAGGCCAUACUACCACCGCGCAUCUUUUUCCAGCGCAGCAUCGCAUCCGGAUUCUGGACGAGCUCCUGCCUCGGCGCGCACAUGAAUCUCUUCGGUAAGCCCACAACCUUGAACGAAGAACAUGAUACCAUUCUAACCCCAGAAACGCUAGUCUACUAUCUUCCGAUAUGGUUUCAGGCCAUUAAAAGUGUCUCGGCCGUCGACAGCGGUAUCCACCUGCUUCCCAUGUUAAUACCCGUAGUUGUGGCAUCCAUAAUCACCGGCCAACUAGUCUCCCGCAUCGGCUACUACACGCCCUUCAUGAUAUUCGGCGUAUGCCUCACAGCAAUCGGCACUGGAUUACUCACUACUCUCGGAAUAAACACCUCAGAGGGCAAAUGGAUCGGGUUCCAGAUCAUAUACGGCUUCGGUAUCGGGUGCUGCUCCCAGGCACCCAACCUGGCCGCACAGACGGUGCUAGCGCGCAAGGAUGUAGCCAUCGGCGCAUCUCUCAUGUUCUUCGGUCAGCAGCUCUUCGGCUCUGUUUUCGCCUCGGUUGGCCAGAAUGUACUCUUCAACCAGUUAGCACACCGUCUCGCAGAUAUACCGGGCAUCAGUCCACGGCUAAUCCAGAGUACGGGCGCCACCGAGUUCCUUAAUCGCGUCCCAGCUGAGGACCUUGUCAUGGCUCGGGAGGCCUAUAACGACUCCUUGCGCACAUGCUUUCAGGUCGGUGUCAUUAUGGCCUGUCUUUCGGUGUUGGGCGCUUUUGGCAUGGAGUGGUGCAGCGUGAAGAAGAACCUUCCACCUAAAGAAAGAGGUGGUCAGAAGGCUUUUAAGGAGGGCAAAUGUGAUGGGACUUUGGGCGGGAAAGAAACGCCGCAGGAUGUGGUGACACACUCAGCCACACUGACGGUGGAAAAGACUGAGCAGAGGAUUAAAGGAGACUCUGGGGGUGAAAAUGUGGAGGACAUGAAGGCCGCCGUUUAA